AUGUUCAGCGAAGUUGCCAAGCUGUGGGCCGGGCACACGUCUGGCCAUGCACCCGCGCUCGGAUCUUUCCCCCCCUCGUCCGGUCACCCCGCCAGUCUCGCAGGCGAUCCAGUCGCAGGAUGGUCGCACGGGUUUGGUUCGCACGGGCAUGGUUCGCACGGCCGUGGAUCGCACGGCCGUGGUUCGCACGGUCGUGGUUCGCACGGGCGUGGGUUGCACGGGCACCAUCAGAGGGGGCACGGGCGACAGAUGAUCGACGCGCUUGGGGAGAUGGCAGGGAUCGGCGCGGGGAGCGGGUCCCCUGUGAAGCCUCGUGGCCGGCACCAUCACAAGGGCAAGGCGCACGAAGGCGGCAAGGCGGGAGUUACCGUUGCUGCUGCUGCUGCUGCUAUGCGUUCGGGCGGCGCUGGUAGCAUGGCUGAUGCUGCUGUGGCUGCUACGGCGGGCGGCAUUGGUGCUGGGGGCGGUGAUAGCGUUGCUAGUGCUGCUGAUGCGGCCGCGGAUGGUUCAGAAGGCGGGGUUGGGGUUGUAGGCAAGGGGGGGGGAGGGUUCAGGGAGAGACCGGGGGAAGGGGAAGAGGCGGAGAGAGCAGGCGCGGAGGAGGCUGGAAGAGGGGGGAAGAGGGCGGAGCGGAAGGGAGAUGCGCGCGGUAGCGGGGAGAAGGGGCAGCUGUCGGCGCUGCUGGCAAGCGGAGGGUUUUGGGGAGCGGAGGAAGAGGAGGAGGAGGAAGAGGAGGUGGGGGCGGGGGAGGGGGAGAAUGGAGGAGCGAGAGUAAGGCGAAGAACAGGCAUUGGAGAGACGGCAGGUGAUGGUGGGGAGGGCAAUGGGGAAAUGGGAGAGGGUGGGGAUGGGGAAGGGGGAGGGCAGGACGGAGGGGAAGGAUGGGCGGGGAAGAGGAGAAGGCACGAGUGGGAGCAGGACGAAACGAGCGGGGGACGACACGAGGGGGCGUAUCGCGGGCGGGGGGGCAGGGGCGGCGGAAGGGGCGGGCGGGACGACUGGCGCGGGAGAGGAAGAGGCGGAGGGGGUGGCGGAGGCGGAGGGGGGGGGCAUAGGCGGCGCAUGGAAGCGGGACCCUCGCGCGUGUCCGUCCCCUGCAAGUUCUACCUGGGUGGGCGCUGCAGCAAGGGCGCGUCUUGCCCCUUCCCCCACACAGGCGUUCCGCGGACCAAGAACGAGCCCUGCAAGUUCCAUGUAACGAAUUCGUGCCUUAAAGGGGAUGACUGCCCCUUCUCCCACGACUUGGCGCGCUUCCCCUGCAAGUACUUCCACGUGGGCACAGGGUGCUUGGACGGGGAGAGGUGCAGAUUCUCCCAUGGGAAUGCGGAGGAGAGGGAGUUGGUGCGGUUGAGAGAGAUUUGGCAGAGGGACAGGCCGUGGGGCGCGGCUGGGGAGAGGCAGGGGUUCAGAGAGGUGGAGAGGGGGAAAGAGGGGUUCAGGGAUGGGGUUGGGGGAGGGGGAGGGAGAAGGAUGGCUGGUGCUGGUGGCAAUGUGGGGGGUGGCGGCGUUAGUGCCGUUAGUGGUGCUGGUGGUCCUGGUGCUGUUGGUGCUGCUGCUGCUCCUCUUGUCGGAGGUGGGGGAGGGAGGGGAACGUGGGUGGUUAAGGUUGAGGGCAGCGCGGACAGGGGGGAGAGGACAGGCGGGAUGGGGUCAGAUGGGCGGAAGGCGGGGGGCAUGGGGGGAGAUGCGCGGAAGGAUGGGGGCAUGGGCCAAGAUGGGCGGAAGAAAGGGGGCAUGGAUGGAGAUGGGCGGAAAGAAGGCGAGAACAGCGUGGGUCACUGGGAUGGCGAGGGGAGAGGGAAGGAGGGCGGAUUGGGUGCUGUCUUGGGCAGCAGGGUGGGUGAGGAGGAGGAGGACGAAGGCAGUGCUCCGGAUCCCUAUGGUGCUGCUGGGUCAGGGCCAGGCACGCACCCAUAUGGGGUGCAUGGGGGCGACACAGACUCAUAUGAGGUUCAUGCGGGCAUCACAGGCCCAUACGGGACUAGCGCGGGUGAUGCAGACCUGUAUGGUGCGGAUGCAGGAGGGCCAGGAGCAGCAGGAUCGGCGGCAUCAGUGCACGACUUUCUGGCGCGGGCAGCAGAGUUCUUUGCUGAUGGGGGGACGGGAGGCGAGGGGGAUGCGCCGAUAUACAGCAGCACGGGGUAUAUGGGUGCAGCAGGGGGGGAUAAGGCAGGGCAUGAUCCUUACUCUUGGAAGCAUGGCAAAGACGAGGAGGGGGAGGAAGAGGAAGAGGAGGAGGAAGGGGAGGAGCAGCAGGAGCGCCCUGUGGGGAUGGUUGAAUUGGGACUGGCUUCACAGGGAGUGGAUACACGGGUUGAUCAUUUGGUUGGGGAGCUUGAGAAGCGGCCAACAGCAAUGAUAGAGCCGUUGGCUUAUAGGAAGAAUGGAGCAGUCAGUAGCGAGGAUGGUGAUUCUGAGAGGACGGGCCGAGCGAGAGCGAAUGUUGCCUUGCUCUUGAGCCAAGUGCUGGAUAGUUAG